GAAAAGAUAUAAGCGGCCCCGGGGCACCGCCGAGGUGCCAACUGCGGAGUCUCCACCUGGAAGAGCCGCGGCUACGUAGGAGGAGAACGCAGAGGCCGGCCAGACCCCUUCACGCGCUGACCGCUCGCGCUGCCUCCUGAUCGCGCUGCGCCCCCAAGGUCACCCCCGGCCCCGAGAUGGAAACGGUGCAGGAGCUGAUCCCGCUGGCCAGGGAGCUGAUGGCCCAGAGGCCCAAUCGGAAGGUGCUGAAGCUGUACGUGCUGGGCGGCGUGCUGGCCUUCGUCGGCAUGGUCAUCGGCCUAGUGGAGACUGUGUGCAGCCCCUUCACCGCCGCUAGCCGCCUGCGGGACGAGGAGGCGGCGGUGGCCGAGCUCCAGGCGGCCCAAGAGCGGAAGCGCCUCGCGAUCCAGACCCUGCGGGAGAAAAGCAAGCAGCAGGAGGCCGUCCUCUGCAGCCGCGCGCUCUCCAUCCGGCAGCACGCCUCGUAGGACCCCUGGGAGCCCGCGGAGGGAGGGAAGAGAAAGCCGGAGUUCGAGAAAGAGGGCGCGUGUAGGGUCGGGCUCAAGGGGGAAAGAGCAGGAGUCCUGUGCUGUUUGGACUUAGAUCUGAGAAGCCACCCGCUUCCAGACCUGAACUACCACACGGAUCCACCAAAAGGAGUUUGGGAUUAAGUGUUGCUGCUGUGCAGCAUUGCAGGAUAACAUGUCUUCGAGCUUUCUGAGUGCAUCCACCGUUUUGCACUAGGGUGGAAGGCGGGGAAUGCUUUUUAUAUUCUUGUUAUUAUUAUUAAUUAUUACAGUGACCACCAUUUUGCAUUUUGAAAUAAAACUCGUUUUAUACUA